AUGCUCCGCAACAACAGCAAGAAUGGCAGACUGUUGAUGCAGCACGCCAUCACGCAUCGCCGUCCCCUCGCAUAUGGCCCGUCAAUUACUGUUACGAGAUGGCUUGCGACCAGACGCGCAGGCGAGGACGACGAAGCCGAGCUUGCCGCAGCCAGACGCUGGCUUGCACAGCUCGACCCGGACACCAUUCCGCGCGACAUCUGCGACGUGAGCUUCAGCCGAUCGUCAGGUCCCGGCGGCCAGAAUGUGAACAAGGUGUCUUCUAAAGCGACACUGCGCAUCCCAAUAUCCUCACUUCUACCGCGAAUCCCAAAGCUCCUCCACCCAUCCAUCGUCAGCAGUCGCUACCAUGCGGCCAAAUCGAACGACCUGGUCAUUCAAGCCGACGAUUCGCGGAAGCAGAACGACAACGUCAAUGCCUGCUUUCGCAAGCUGAAUGAACUCAUCCAACAAGCUGGCCGAGACAAUGUUCCAGGCGAGACAAGUCAAGAGCAAGUGAAGCGAGUGGAACAGCUACAGAAAGCUGAGGCUGCGGGACGGCGCAAGAUGAAGGAAUUCCAGAGCAAGAAGAAGAGUGCUCGCCGAGGAGGUGGGCGUGGUGACGAUUGA